UUAAGGCAAAAUGUGAGUGAGAAUCAUCAGAAGCUGUCAGAUGCACUUUAAACCUCACCUCAUGCCCCCAUUCACCUUUAAAUACCCAAAAGCAUCAGUGGAGGGCAGAGUGUGCAGUAUAGGACCUCUGCUUUCUCUGUUUUGAAUGGAGCUUUGAGAAUGUGCUGGUCGAGUCAUGUGUCACGCUGUGAAAUAAAGGAACAGAAACUGCAUUUAAAAAAAAUGUUCCACUGUAUUGUGCUGUGUGUUUAGAGUCGUGUGGCUUUAGUUUAAACUUUAUUUUGAUUAUCUAAGAAUGGUGGAUGAGGAUUAGAUGAGAGAUUAGGUUUCGGGGGACUUUUAUGGCUGACAGGAGCAAAGGAGCCAACAGGAGCAGAGACAGGACCAGAGUGGAGCUAAGCCUGGUUAAUAAUACAAGACUCAAUCCUUCACUAUGGGCUCAAACCAUGAACCUCGUAGCCUCUGUCUUUGGUACAAUGAAGGAGAUGUACCGCGGUCUGAACCCGGCCACUCUCACCGGGGCCAUAGAUGUGAUUGUGGUGCGACAACCCGAUGGCUCGCUCCAGUGCUCGCCGUUUCACGUUCGCUUUGGAAAACUGGGAGUGCUGCGGUCCAAGGAGAAAGUGGUGGACAUAGAGAUAAACGGGGAGGCGGUGGAUCUGCACAUGAAGCUGGGAGACAACGGAGAGGCUUUCUUUGUGGAGGAAAAUGAGGACCUGGAGUCUAAAGUCCCAGCCCACCUGUGCACCUCCCCCAUCCCCUGUGAGACUGAGGAGCAGCAGGACCCAAUGGAACUAGCAGAACCAGAGGGAACCACAGCGAGCGCAGGACGCAGGAAGAAACGCAGGAAGAAACGUGUCCGGACUGAUUGUCCCGUGAGAAAUGAGAGUUCAUCAGAGGAGAAAGAGGAGAGUGAGAGCCCACAGCAGCCCGAGACAGGCCCCCUGCUACAGACCAGUAAAUCCAUCUACUUCUCUAUGUGUGAGGACCUGGAGCAGCUGAGAGACGCCCAUGCUUACUCUGACUCAGAGCAGUCACCCAACGAAAAUGUGUUCCUGAGUCGUCCCUCAUCUCCUAAGAGCGACUCAGAGCUGUGUGUUCGACCUCGUGGAUCUUCAGGACCUGAGAUUCAAUGGAACUGGGGAGGCUUUCCUACGCCGUGCCAGUCGCAGCGCUCCCCUGUUCAUGUUUCUGUCUCAGUCUCCUCCCCCUCCCACUUCAGAACUAUUGAGAGGCAAGACUCUUUUGACCUGGGAAUCACACCCCCAACACUCCUGUCCGUCUCCCCCACCAGAGUGACAGUGGUCAGACCCAAAGCCAGAACAAGAUCCCUGGAUUUAAACAACUACUUCCCUCAGCCUCCUCUUUUAAAACCAGGCAGCGGACUGCAAAACAAGGCCUCAGUUUCAACUUUUAAAUCUAGAUCUUCAAAUUUUAAUCUUCCAAAUGGUGAUAAAACAGACAAAGAUGGCAUAAUGCACAUUUCUAGCAAGUCAGAAAAAGUGCAGAUUCAAAAUGAUGCAAAUAAAGAAGAAGCAAUAUAUCAACUCGAAGAGGAGAAUGGACAGAUGAGUGCGCGAGUGAAUGGAGGAGAGGAUGGAGAGUGUUUGAAAGAGAAAAUAUUGGCCGAUAACUUUGAAUCUGUAGAGACUAGUUUUAACUAUGAGGGAGAGGAGAUAUGCAACUCAACACCGGCAAACAGCAGUGCCACCAAUUCAGAGAUACAGGACCAGGACAAGAAGGAGAAGCGUAGUCACCAUCUUGGAACAUCUGGCAUUUAUUUGGACGAUCUGACGUCCAUGGACCCAGAAGUGGCUCUCCUCUACUUCCCCAAAACGGGAAAGGAGGCCUCCCAGCCUGCGGGGGCACACUCACUGUCCAGGUCUCUCUCUCCUCAGUCUGUGGGCAGUGGGGCGUUGGACAGUGGUACAGAUUAUCUCUCUGACUCUGCGUUGUUUUCUGCCGAUGUGAGUCUGUCUCUGUGCGGGCCAGGGGACAGCAGCGCCAUCAGCAAAGAGAAGUUUGAGGAGCGGAUGGUGACGUAUCAAGACUUUAGCAAUAACCCUGGACUCAUCGAUGACCCAAACCUUGUUGUCUGCAUCAACUCAAAUUAUUAUAACUGGGCUGUGGCUGGUCCCAUGGUCUUAGCGAUGGCGGCUUUUCAGAAGAAUCUGCCCAAGAGUACAGUGGAGCAGCUUGUCAAAGAUAAAAUGUCCAAGAAGUCUGGACGCUGGUGGUUCCCGUUCAGAAGGAGAGAUCAAAGCCAAAAAAAUUCUAAAGAAGAUGAGCCAGAUGAGCCAGUGAGCUCUCUUCCUCCCACAGUGCAGGCCACUCUGGAUGACGUGGACAGUGAUGAAGCUGCAGGUUUGGGGAGAUUUGCAUCUCUGCCCUCGUCUCUCUCCUCCAAUGUCCUGGCUUCAUCUCAGAGCUUUAGUCACAUGUACCGCAAAUCCCUGCGGCUUACCUCCAAACAGAUCGAACAGUUGAAUCUGUGUGAGGGGGAAAACUCUGCAGUCUUCAGUGUGACCACUCAGUACCAGGGCACGUGUCGCUGUGAGGCCUCCAUCUUCCUCUGGAGUUGGGACGAUCGUGUGGUGAUUUCUGAUAUUGACGGCACCAUCACUAAGUCUGACGCUUUGGGGCACCUCCUCACCACCAUCGGAGCUGACUGGACUCACUUCGGCAUUGCCAAAUUGUACCACAGAAUUCACCAAAAUGGGUACCGCUUCCUGUACUGUUCUGCUCGAGCCAUUGGGAUGUCAGCUUGGACUAAAGAGUAUCUGAGUCGGGUGAAUGAUCGAGGGGCUGUUCUGCCAAAAGGUCCUGUGCUCCUGGCCCCCAGCGGCCUGGUCUCGGCACUGCACAGGGAGGUGAUUGAGAAGAAGCCGGAGGUGUUUAAAGUGGCCUGUCUCAGUGACAUCAGAGACCUGUUCAACCCACACAGAGAGCCCUUCUACGCUGCUUUUGGAAAUAGAACCAAUGAUGCGUUUGCGUACAAAGCGGUGGGCAUCCCAGAGACUAGGAUCUUCACAGUGAACCCCAGAGGAGAGCUGAUCCAGGAGAAAACCCGAUCCAACAAGUCCUCGUACCCUCACCUGUGCGAGCUGGUGGAGCACUUCUUCCCCUCUCUCUGCACCGGCGCUGAGGUGUUGGACUGUCCUGACUUCAGCAGCGCCACUUACUGGAAAGAGCCGCUGCCACCCCUGGACCUGGAUGCACUUCUGUAGACCACCACAAUCACUACUGUUACUGCCACUACUGCUACUGUUACUAGAGCUAGUAGUAUUACUUCAUUUGUUCAUGGGGGCAGCUUAAACAUACUGAGCAAUAAAAUACAACGAUAAUAGAAAUGCUCAAACAUCUCAUUGCAGCUCAGGUAAGGUCAUUAGAUACUUUGUCAGGGCAGUAACAACCGUGUGUGUCCGCUGUCCUCACACCACAGCGUCCUUCAGUGGAAGCCGGGUGAGCUCUGGACACGACAGAAAAGCCUCUUCUCAGCUUUUCUCUCUCUGCGCUGUCGUUUUGGUCGGUGAUGAGGCCAAAAUUAAAUAUCUUCUGCUAUGUUUGGUGUAAAAAGUGUCUAGCAUUUCAGGUUUAGUUGUCUCAAACCAGGGUCAUGGCUUGUAUAUGGGAAAAACUAACUGCUCAAAUCUCACAAUUCAAUCCUUAAUUUCCUUAAUGUCUAUUCUUUGAACUAGACAAGCUGCAGAUGUUCAUUUUGUCUUCUUAUAUACCGUAUUUUCCGGGCUAUUAGACGCGCUCUUAAGCCUCCAACCCCAUCAAAAAACGACCCGGCGUCCACUUGGGUGUCCCAGCACGACUUCAGUAAACUACAAAGCCGCACCACCCGCAGAACAUGCAAACACACACGGAGCAGACAGCGACCGCACAGCGAAACACACCCACAGACACACUCAUCACUCCACGCCAACGAGGAACGGAACGGAGGAACAAACCGAAAAAGCGAGUGCAAUGCGCCACUUCUAGACACAACUGAACAACUGAGUCACUGCGAACACGCCGACAAUCCAGUGGUCCCAGACAGCACCCUCCCUACCCGCCACAACUGAACAAAGCCCAGAGUCGCCAUGAACGCGCCAAACAAACCAAACCACUCACCCAUCACACUGUUGUGUUUCCUUUAAAGUCCAGUGUGGUUUAUUUGUGAAGAAAGUUCGAAAAUAGACCAUUUAAUGACAGUGCGUCUUAUAAUCCAGAGCGACUAAUAGCCCGGAAAAUACAGUACUUUAACUUUUUGGGUUCUUUUUAAAGACAAUGCAGUAAAGUGUAUUUACCUUGUUGACAUGUUUCUGCUGCUGCAUCUUCAGAACUGUCACCGGUGUUGGUGGUGACGUGUUGUAUAUCAGCUGUUGUUACUUCCUGUGGGCGUGGUCAUCCUGAUGGACCUGCAGGUGGCUCAGACUGACCAUGCCUCCCGUCGUCCGGUGUUCUCUGGAGGAGGGUGUCCCAGGUGUGUGAAAGGAGGAACACGCCAUCAUCACGGUUAAUUCUGUCCGUGCCUCGUUUCCUGAUUUAAAUGGCUUCCUUGAUCCAGCAUUUGAACUAGGAAGUAACAACAGCUGAUGUACGACACGUCACCACCAUCACCGGGGACAGUUCUGAAGAUGCAGCAGCAGAAACAUGUCAACAAGGUAAACACACUUUACUGCAUUGUCUUUAAAAAGGACCUAAGAAGUUCAAGUAGACAAGCUGCACUUCUUAGUUGGUCAAAAUCUCCAAAUAUUAAGUUAGAAAUUUAAGAUAAAAACAAAGACUGCUCAGUAUACCAGUUAGUCAUCCACAAGAGCAGCCAACAACUACUGCGACUACCACUACUACUGCUACUAAUACUACUACUAGUUUUACUGCUAUGACAAUCAAAGUACCACAAGCACAGAACACUUCAUGGAAAAUGUCAGAAUAAGAAACAGUUAUGCAAAUUUGCACUUUUAAAUGAUAAACUAAGUUUAAAAUAUUUAUGUCUUUCCAGAGGAGAACGUGGUUAAAAUCCACACUCAAGUAAACGUGCUGUUACCUCACUUUUAUUUGUGAACAGAAGAGUUAUUUCAAACAUUUUUAUGGUUAAAUAAUGAUUCAUGAAAAAACAAUUAUUCCAUAGUUUUGGGUAUAAAGUUGACACUAAGGGCACAAAACCAGAACUUUUUAGCAGUUUUAUUCUUCACUUACCUUCUGCAUUCUGAGCAUCCUAAUUAUUCACCACGAUGAGUUUAUGAGCUCUUUUCACAACUCUCACAGAUCAGAGCGGAGUUUUUCCGUCGCAGUAAACUAGAAUGCUAAAGCACACCAGUGUUAUUUCCUGGUUCACAGACACAUUUCUACUUUAUUGCAUGAUAGAAAUUGGGGAUAGUCCCGUAAUGUAAAUGUUUUUGGAGUUCACUUGGAGUUUCUCAUGUAUUUGAACAAAAUGUGUUUUGCCCCAUUACAGAUAAAUUGUAUAUGCUGCUCCUGAGGUCAACAUAAGUCUGCUGUACGCUGCCUGUAUUUAAUUAUAAAGCAUUUUAUUGUCUCAAGAAUCAAGAGGUGGGUAGUGGUUUGCAUGCUAGUUGUUGUUACCGUUCCUGCUCUAGUCACUGAGAGUCAUGAAAAGUGCUUAUAAACUUAUUGCAGUGAAUAAUUAGGAUACUCAGAAGGCAUAAGGUGAGUGAGGAAUCAUUUUGGACCACAGAAAUCCAUGUAUCAUUCGUUCAUUAGUUUUUCUAUAUAAAACCAAAAAUAAGAAAACAGUUUUCUUCAUUAUUUGUCUCCAAAACCAAAAUGAAAAAAUGGAUAACGAUUCGUUUUUUCAGUUUUCAAUUUUGUAUUUAAAUGAAGAAUGGAAAAAGGGAUAACAGCCGUUUCCCGUUUACGUGACUUCCAUGACUGCGAUGCCGAUCUUUUGCACUGCAUACGGACUGAACCAGGACUGAUGCAGGUCCAGGACCAGACCGGGAUUGAGACCAUGACCAGACCGUGACCAGACCGUGACCAGACCGUGACCAGACCGAGACUGAGAUCAGAACUGAAACCGGGACCAGACCAAGACUGAGACCAGACCAGGACCAGACCGGGACUGAGACCGAGACCAGACUGGGACCAGGCCGGGACCAGGCCGGGACCAGACCGGAGGCUCAGAGCCCACAGCAGGGCCGGAGGUCGAAGCUUAAGCUCGGACACUGCGGAGGCUCAGAGUCAAAGCUCGGAGUCUGCUCUGGUCCCGAUCUGGUCCCGAACCUGGAUCAGUCCUGGUUCAGUCCGUAUGCAGUGCAAAAUUCUGACAUUGCAGUCACUGGAGUCAUGUAAACAGGAAUCUGUUUUUUUCCAUUCU